GCCACACGGGGGCAGGGAGGAGGCCCGGGCUGGACAAGUCCUCGAGACCCGGAUGGAGCGCGAGGAGGAGGGAGGGGUGUGCAGGAGGAGGGGACCCGAGGGAGCCUCCGGGACUGCUCGGGCCGCGCGGGGAGCGAGGGGCGGGGCUGAGGCCUGGCCCUCUCUGCUUACUUCAGCCCGCGAGCAAUUAUUAAGCCCUAGCUGUAUGCAGAGCAGCCCGAUGGCGCCGUAGAGUCGGGAAGACUCGAGUUCAAAUGCUGCAUCGACACUAGCUGGCCAAUCCUAGGGGAGUCAUCCCACCCUGUUUGCCUCAGUUUCCCUCAUGUGUCAAAUGAGCUGGAGAAGCACUGCAGUGUCUGCCAAGAAAACCCCAAUGGGGUCACGAAGAGUCAGGGUUGAACAAGACCACGGGAUACCAGGCAAGACUUAGGGACACCCCCUCCCCGCCCCCGCCUCCUCCUCCUUGAGCGCUGGCUGUAUACCCGCCCCUGCGUACUCCUCCCCCCCUUGAAUGGCUGAGACACCAAGAAGACUAAGGCGAAUUCUGGGGACCUUGUCUGGGGUCUAAACCACCCACCCACCGCAUUUCCUUUGAGCUGGUGCUGUUGCCCCCGGGAUGGGGUGGUAGUGGGUGUGGUCUGAGCCACGAAGUGCUUCAACCCGUUUUGGUAGCGCUUUGGGGACACCCUGGGCCUGCAGCUGGUGCAUUAUCUUUUUUGGGGGAGGGGGGAGCAGGGCAAUGAGGGUUAAGUGACUUGCCCAGGGUCACACAGCUAGUUAAGUGUCAAGUGUCUGAGGCUGGAUUUGAACUCAGGUACUCCUGAAUCCAGGAGUAUCCACUACGCCACCUAGCUGCCCCCUGCAUUAUCUUAUGUAGGCUCAGACGUGCUUCCCUGGGCACCCCAACCACCGGAGCUGAAGCCGCAUAAUUACACGCUGUUCCCUUAGGUCAUUGCUUGUUGUUGAUCAGUCACUUCCGCUCCUGGUGACCCCAUUUGGGGGUUUCUUGGGCAAAAAAACACCAGAGUGGUGUGCCUCAUUUGACAGAUGAGGAAACUGAGGCAGGCAGGGGGAAGUGACUUGCCUAGGGUCAUACAGCUAGUAAGUGUCUGAGACUGGAUUUGAACUCGGGCCAUCUCCAAGCCCAGCGCUCUGUCCACCGUGCCCCCUCCCAGCCUUUUUGUCUCAUGGACCCCUUCUCAGAAUACUAUUUUUAAACCAGUGGAGGAAAUGAUAAAUUCCAAUUAAGGCAGUUCCUGAGACCAGCAGUAUGGGUAUCCGUGGACUAAUGAGUUAUGUAGAAGAUCACAGUCAAUUCUUUGUUGAUUUGAAGUUGAGGGACACUAAACUUAUUAUUGAUGGCUAUGCACUUUUCCAUCGACUGUGUUUUGAUUCAGAUGUGGACCUCCGGCAUGGAGGAGACUAUGAUUCUUUUACUGAUGUUAUACAGAGAUUCUUUGAAUCGCUCUUCGCUUGUAAAAUUCAUCCAUAUGUUGUAUUAGAUGGAGGCUGUGACGUUUCAGAUAAAAAACUCCUCACCUUAAAAGACAGAGCCCGGGAGAAGAUCCAGGUGGCAUAUUCCCUUGCUGUUAGUGGAAGGGGAAACUUGCUCCCCUUACUCAUCCGAGAAGUGUUCAUUCAAGUCUUGAUCAAGCUUCAUGUCGACUUUGUCCAGUGCUUCUCAGAAGCAGACAGAGACAUCAUGACACUCGCUAACCAUUGGAAUUGCCCUGUAUUAACGAUGGAUAGUGAUUUUUGCAUUUUCGACCUGAAAGCUGGCUUUUGUCCUCUGAAUGCUUUUCAAUGGAAAAACCUGACUGUGAUGAAAGACACAUUUCACUACUAUAUCCCUGCCAGAUGCUUCUCUGUAGAGAAGUUCUGCAGACAUUUCAACAAUAUGAAUAAAGCCCUGUUGCCUCUCUUUGCUGUGCUGUGCGGUAAUGACUACAUCAAUCUGCCUGCCCUGGACUCAGUCAUCAGUAGAAUAAGUUUCACCCCUGGAACGUCCAACAGCAAAGGGAGAAAGCACCAUCGGAUUCUGGGACUCCUGAACUGGCUGUCUCGUUUUGAUGAUCCCGCUGAAGCCUUAGAUCAUGUUGUGAAGAACCUGAAAAUGAAUGAUAGAGAAGGGGUUAGAGAAGUGCUCUGGGUUUCAAUGGAGGAAUACCAGCCGUCUCCGGUGAAGCUACAGGAUUUCUUCCAGCUUGGCGCUUAUGUAUCUCCCUGUGCCACCAGCCUGGGCUUACCGGAAUGGAUACAGUUGGGCUUGGCAAAGGGGCAGCUGUCUCCCUUUGUUUGUGACGCUUUGUCAUUACGGCGGACUAUUCUUCACACACAGGUGGAGAGUAUUCAGCGCCCAAGUGCCCACGUCGUCUCUGUGUCCAUUCGGAAAGUCAUCUAUGGGCUUCUUCAGAACCCUUCUCCAAAUCUCAAUAAUGUGUCCCACAGCACAGUGCCUAAACACCCAGUGGCUUUCAGUGAAGUAGACAGGAUCGAUAAGAAUAUUGCAACAGUAGUGAAUCACGCAGCAAAGCUCCCAGAUGAAUAUCGGGAAUUGGGCAGGCUGACCGAGCUUUCUCUCUCUAAGCGGAAGAUUCUUCUGUUGGAAACCCUGAAAGUGAAGGAGAGUAUCUUGGACCCAAUUCCCGCCUCUUUGAAGUUACCUAUUGCUGUCACUUGCUUCUGGUUGCAGUCCUUAGAAGCCAAAGCAAAACUGCAUCAUGUACAAGCUUUACUGAUGGGAAUGCUGUGUGGGCAGUUGUACAAGAUGACCAGCGAGCCUGAUAAUGAGGAAUUGCAUGCGGAUGGGGCUAAGCUGUUGUGUGACCAGUUUCUUAAAGUGAAAGAAAAUAAACUACAGAAAAGAUUGGAUUUAGAUACAGCCCAUGUUUUCUGUCAGUGGCAGUGCUGCCUCCAGAUGGGAUUCUAUCUCAAUCAGCUUCUGUUGACGCCUUUACCUGAGCCCAACCUCACGUGGUUGUACAGUGGGACUCUUGUCCAUGGACUUUCUCAAGAACUUUCAGCUUCAUCCUCAGCAGAAAGUCUCUUGAGCGUGUGCCCUGGAGCAAGGCAGCUUUAUAACCAGCUCUUUUAUGCGUUGAAAUCAUCGGUCCCUUCAGAUUGCCUAUCCCGGAGGGAGAAGUCAAAAGCCAGAAAGAAGAAACAGAAGAAGAAUGACAGCAGCCCGGCAAAGCACCGAGGGGGCGGCUCCCGUGAAACCAGGGUCUUACGUGAUCAUGUAAGCAACAGGUUUGAGCUCCUCACAGUGGACGAUGUCGAGGAUUCAGGUCAGGGGUCAGGGCUGGAGUAAACCCAGACUCUCAACCAGAAGUGUUUUUAGUCUCAUGGAUUGUAGCUUUCCAAGUCAUUUCCUUCCAGAGAUCAAGCUUUCAGGCUUAUUCUCUAAAUCAAUCAUGCUUCAGGGAUUUCAGCACACCCAUGGCUUGGGUAGUACUCAGCACAGUUCAACCCAGGGAAGAUGUCAGUAUGGAAUGAUCAUUACUUGAAACCUCUCUCGUAUGCCCCCUCCCCCUUAAGUUGACUGACCAUUAUAAUAGAUUUUCAAACUGCCUGGCUCUGGGGGUGUGUGUGUGUGUGUAUGACAGUAGGUAUAUGCAUAUGUGGACAGAGACAUACAUACAUAUGUGUGUGGGAAUGGGUGAGUUAUGUGUGUAUAUACAUAUGUACAUAGAAAUUUUUUUUUAAAAGAUUUUAUAUUAUAUACAUCCUGUCAAGACCCCUGGGACAUGUAUUUUACCCUUAGGGAUAGUACAAUGUAGCCAUGAAACUGCCACAAAUUUUACUAUAACAGGGAACCAGAUAAUUUCUGUUUCUAAAAUUAUGUAUUUUUAUAAUACUUUUUAUAUGUUUUCAUAUUCCAUUUACACUGAAAAAUAAAAUGU